GACCAAUCGUGCUGGAUUCCGAUGAGGAGGCUGAGGUUCCUGCUAUAUCGGUGCCUAGCAAGACUGGUGCCGAUGAGGGUUCUAUGAGAUCAGGAGCAGUGGAUCAGAUGGAGACCCAGGCAUUCGACUUGUCGACUCAGGUCGUAAUGAAUGCUCUGUCAGGGCUGGAUCAGCCGGUUCCAUCCCCGGCACGGACGUUUGCGGAGGAGAAGACACGGGAGCUUGGAGAUGUUAGGUCGCCCGAGGCAGCUGCAUCAGCACAUGCCCCUGUGGAAACCCCGAGCCCCAGAGGGAUCAAGCCUGUUGAGAUCACACCUGUGAAAACCUAUCCGUCACGUGAUUCGCAGCUCAUGGUGAAAAGCACAAAAGCAACCGAGAAGGCGGAAGCCAAGGAAGCUAAGGCUGGCAAAGCUGCCGGCCGAGGCCGAGGCAGGGGUGGCCGGGGAAAAGGAGGAGGACGGAAGAAGCCCCAACAGGCAGAGGAGGAUCAGGAGGAUCCCGAGGAGGCUCCCGAAGAGCCUGCAACGACAGGCCGUGGUGCGCGAAAUCGUGGCCGAGGCAAGGGCCGGGGACGAGGUCGCGGGAAGAAGGUGCACCAGGCGGAGCAUACGAGCGAGCAUGCGGGCGAGCAUCAGGGCGAGGAUCAGGGCGAGGAUCAGGGCGAGGAUCAGGGCGAGGAUGCCGGCGAGCCCGAAGAGGCUGCUGAUGUUGCGCCCCCGAAAAAGCGCCGAUGCAAGAAGGUCGUGGAUGUGCCUACCACCAGGGUGACGGGCAAGCGGGGGUCAGAGGGCAGUGCCAAGCCCAAGAAGGCUGCGAAGAGGGCUUCGAAUACUGAGGAUGCUGAGUGGCCUCUCACGUUCGCUCGUCGCUACCGACCCAAUUCCGAGAAUUGGACCCAGCGGCUUUGGGAAGGAUGUGUGUUGGCUUUCAAGUCUGUGCUCCUUCCGCACAUUGUUGUGGGGCAAGCCUCGGCUCUUCAGGUAUUCGUCCUUUGCAUCCUGUUGCUGCUUUGGAACACCUCCAUCGACUAUGCCAAGGAGGUGGACUUAGCCGAGCUGUUCUCUGGUUCGGCGACUCUUUCCAAAGAGUUCUACUAUCAAGGCAAGGAGGUCGCAAGCUGUGAUGUGAAGUAUGGCCGGAACAUGGACAUUUGCCGAUCUUCAGGCUUCGGGUUACUUGAUAUUCAAUUGGACAUGGUCUCAUGUAGUUCGGUUCUAAUGGUUGCUUUUUUACAAGAUGUCGGAACCGAGGACGUUUUGUGCAGCAGUUCUGUGUGGUCGCCAGAAUUCUUGUGUCUGGCUGGGAGUCCUUUGCAGCUCAUGGGUGUCAAUGGCCCGCCCAACAACCAAGAGAUCCUUUGCCAAUCCUGA